ACCACCACCACACCUGCUACAACCACCACCACAGCUGCUGCAACCACCACCACACCAUUAUACCGACCAUCAAUUGCUCCUUUAAGCAAGCUUCCACUACAAUUUUCUGUGAAUGUGGAUGGGCACUAUGCCUCCUCUUGCCUUGAUGGUGAUUACUUUCCUAUUUUCUUAUCACCAACUCCAAGUAAUGGAGUAAAUCUUCUGGCAUAUGUUAACCACACUCUUGAAAUAAAAGUCAAAUCCAUGGCACAGUUCACCAGCAUUAUUGACCUGAUCAUCACUGGACCAAGAGGCAUUUCGAAGCAGAAAAUCUCCACUGGAGAAUAUGUAAUAAAAUGGACACCAACAGAAAAUGAAGUGAAUGAUCAUUUUCCUAUUUGCUUUGUUUCUGAAGCCAAAGACAGAUACAAUCGUGUCUAUCAAUCAGAGGUCCGUUGUGUGAUUGCUGAUGUUGGACACCAUGAUACCAGAGUGACAUGCAAUGAAACAACAAUAACAGUGGAAGUGGAGAAGAACUACCUCAUCAGACGCAAUGAGGACAACUUGCACCUUGACAAAUUCACAGAUUCUUCUUGCAACCUCACAUUACUCUCCAACACAACCCACCUGGUGGCCAGCAUGCCAUUGGGUUCCUGUGGAACCCAUGUUGAGGAGGAUGAAGAUAACAUCAUUUUCAAGAACUCAAUCACAUCAGCAGAUCUAAGGGCAGUCAUUUCCAGGCAGCAUGAUGUUGACAUCGCCUUUUCCUGCAUCUAUCCAAAGCGAACCAACCUGACUCUUGGAUUCAGACACAAAAACCCAUAUGCCUUCUCAGAGAAAGGCUUUGGUGCUUUCACAUUCACUUUUGAAUUCUUCCAGAGCCAGAGGUUCAGAAAUCAAAUCGAUGCCAACACCUACCCGGUGGACGUGUAUCUCAAGCAGAUGAUGUUCAUGCAGAUUGAAGCGACCACUUCCAUUCCCGACACAGAGCUGUUUGUCGAGUCCUGCAAGGCAACUCCAUACGACAACCCCAACUCUCGCAUUAGCUACACCAUCAUCGAAAAUGGUUGUGUGAAGGACAGAACAGUACAGAUUUACCCUGGCUCCAGUUAUCAGUUCAGAUUUGGAAUGGAAGCUUUUGAAUUCAUCGGUGCUCAUGAGGAGGUGUACAUCACAUGUUCCGUCAUCCUGUGUGAGGCCAAUAUCCCUGGGACCAGGUGCUCUCAGGGAUGCAUCAGGUCGGGCGGCCAUCGCAGCAAAAGAGAAGCUGUGGCUCAGACGAGCAGUCACUCAAUUUCCCAAGGACCUUUGCACCUGGUUAAAACGACUCAAACAUCUGGCCUGAGCCUGAAUCUGGGUGCAAACAUGGUCUUCAUUGUUGGCUCCCUCCUGGUUUGCGCAGUCGUGAUCUACAGAUCGAGGAGGUCCAAAGCUAAAUAUCAACCCCUUCCCACCUCUGAAAUGGACUGAAGACAAGCCUUCAGUUUUAUAUGGGCCUAUGUUGGUGUUAAUCAUUUGACACUAUAUGAAAUAAGCUAUGUUCACUGUAAGUCAAAUGUCAAAGUGUGUCACUUUGUCAUUGUGUUGUUUGGCUGCUUUAUAAAUCCUGUAGAGUAUCUGCUGCAUCUACAGACUCGUUGAUUAACAGUUAUUAACUCCUGCACUGAAUAUAAAGUUGUGGAUGAGAUAUAAUCUGGGUUUUACUGAUUGUUCCAAGCUUUUAACGAUAAAGCUCUCAGCUUCCUAUGUAUCCUGCACUACCGAUAAUGUUUUUCUGUGUCAUCAUUAUAUCCUAGACAAAUUUCCCUCAGGACAGGCAAAUCACGUACAAAUAUUCGAUUUUAAUUGUUCUAUUUUCCAUUCAUGUGUAUUGUUGGGAUGGAAACAGAUAUUCAUGUAUGAUGAUUAAACUUUCUUUUUGCAA